AUUUUUUUUCUCUGCUCCAACAUUCCUUUUACCCUUUUAAUACUUUAACGUUGUAGAAAAUUUGUAAAUUUGUAAAUUUGUAAAAAAAAAAAGCCUCUACAAGCAGCAUUAAAUAAAAGGCCGAAAAAACGCAAUGCUCCGGGCAACACUAUCGCGGCGAACAGCACGGGUGCUGCAGGCGACGCAGCGCAAGCAGCCCACACAGAGGCGCGCUUACAGCACAGCAGGCGAAACACCGGCGCCAGCAGCCGCCGAGAAGACCAAGGAGCGGCCGCGCAUCCGGUACAUGGGCAUAUCUGAGCCGUCAGCGGCGCUGCGGCGAAUGACACAGCAGAUCAGCACGGGUGAGCUUGACGUCAACACGCAAUCGGACAUCGACGCCUUCCGGUUCACCACCGACGACCUCCUGCGCGACUUGCCAAUGCAGCGGGCGCGCGUGCUCGGCGACGCCACCACAGCGGCCAUGUCGCUGGCCGUGGCCUCGCGCGAGGAGACCACCGAGCUGCUGGCCGUCGGGCGGCGGCAGCGCGCAGAGCAGAUCAAGCGCGCAUUCACGGCCAAGCAGCUCGGUGCAUACCUAGGCGCCCACGGCGAGCGCAGGGGCGGCACAAAGUCCGAGCUGGCCAUGCGCAUCAUCGACAAGCUAUGGGGCAUUUCGGCCAGGGAGUUCGCGGCUCGGCUCGAGAAGCCGCGCGAGCCGACGGCGGUGGCCGACGGGCUGACGCUGCCGCUGGGCGAGGGCGCGCAGGAGCAGGUGCGGCAGCUGGCGCCGGGCGCGGUGGCCGAGCUGGAGCGCGAGUACGCGGUGACCAUCGCCAUUGCGCCCGAUUGCGCGACCGUCCGCGCGGCUGGCCCGAUGCACGCGGUGCGCGGCGCGCUGUCGGCACUGCGCGAGCGGCUGACGGCCGACACCACGGUCGAGGUCGACGUGGCCAGGUACACGGCCAGGCGGCCGCUGUCGGCGCGCCACGUCUCGCGUGUGGCCGGCAAGCUGGCCCAUGCCAUGGCGCACGUCACUGUCAGCAGCUGCGACGGCGAGCUGUUUGUCGGCGGCGAGCGGCGUGCAGCGCUGGACGCGCAGCAGGCGCUGGUCAGUGCGCUGGGCGAGUCGCGCGACGCGUUCUUCGGCGUCGUCCCGCGCGCGCUCUCGGGCCCGGUGGCCACGCUGGUGCCGGCUGCCGCGGUGUUCUCGCGCCCGCGCUCGUUUGUCCCCGACGCCGCGCUGCAUGUGCAGGGCGUGUCGGAGCUCGCUGCGCCCGUGGCCGCACUCAGCCACCACACGCUGUUCGCCAAGCCCGGCGGGGCCGCGCUGCAGCUGUCCGCCGGCGCGCUGCCCGAGGCGCUGCGCGCGUGGUGCGGCGGCGCCGGGCGCGUGCGUGCGCGGCUCGGCCGCGUGCUCAUCGACGCGGACUGCGGCCACGCGGGCGAGCCGCUGGGCGCCCGGUUCCACGACGCGUCCGAGCUGCUGCGCCAGCUGGGCGAGCGCGCGCCACUGUUCGGCUUUGCGCCCGACGUGUCUGCGCUGCGCUGGCUGCACGGCAGCAAGGAUGCGCCGCUGAGCCGCUACGUCGAGCUGACAUUCCGGCGCAUCGCCCUGGCCGCGGGCGGCGCCAAGUGUGCGUACACGCUGCCGGUGUACGCCGACGACUCGCUGGUUGUGCGCAUCCCGGCCGACUCGGCGCAGUUGCGGUUCGGCGACAUGCGCGUGCGCUGCCACAGCGACGAGCGCGCCGCCAAUGUGGCGCUGCUGGGCGCUCCGCACGACUUCCAGGUGCUCGCGCACACGGAGGCUGCGGCCGACGGCGUGCAGGCUGAGGAGGUGCGCCGGGUGGCUGCACGCCUGGGGCUGCUUGGCGACGGCGCGCAGGUGGACGCCCGGCGCCACGAUGUCGUGCAGCUGGGGGGCGGCGGCGAGCGCUUUGCGCUGACUGGCGCCUCGGUGGAGGCCGUCGUGCGGCGCCGCAUUGUCGGCGGCUUGGCGGCGUCAAUGCACCAGACGUGGGACAUUAUCGAUGAUCUGCGCUUCAGCCAGGUGCAUCUGCACGCGCAGGCCGAUGACAUUGAGAAGCUUGACUGGGACCGCUUCCUCGUUCUGGUGUUCCAAGCAGCCCACGAGCGGCCGACGACGCUGGCCACCAGCACGCCCUUCCACUAGAGGCUAGCGCUUUAGAUGGGAUAACAGUAUAUUGAGAGAAAAUAGCUAUUGGGACUUUAAUGUGUGUACGCUGAACAAGCCAUGAGAGGAGAGGUGUUUUAUUACAUGCUACAUGCUACAUGCUAC